AUGAGCGAGAACAUGAGCGUCGACUCGAAGCAGGAAAUCGGAGCAAAGGAUCCUGUUGAGCUGCGAUCGCUGCCAACAAGGAAGUACUUGGAUGAAACGGUCGUUCCGCUUCUUCUUGAGGGACUUUCCAUCCUCACCAAGGAGCGGCCACCCACUUCUGAAAAAGCGGUCGAGUGGCUGGCAGCUUUUCUUUUGAAGAAUAAAGAGUACAAAUCGCAACAGGGCGUCACCUCCUCCCACUGA